CCCGCCGUUUUCUGUAGCGCUAUCCCUCCGCCAUGUUUGUUUACAUUCUGCGGAGCCUGGCGCGGGGCACUCAGGGCGCUGUUAGUGUGUGGGUGCUGCGCUGCUCUGUGCCAUAGGAGGGACUGACUGGCCACACCAUUACUGUCUAGGAGUUCCAGGGAAAGGGUCUGAUGCCAAGAAGUGAGAAAACCUAUACAAAAGCCAAGUUCCUCUGCCUCACCAAGGGGCCGUGCCACAAGCCACUCCCAAGUCUUGAGGUCUGCCGUCCACCUCUCCCCAUUCAGUGUUUGUCUGUGCACUCCACGUCAAGCGUCACAGAUGAUUACCAGAUUUGUUCACAAAGGCAAACCAAAAAUUUGUGUACAGCACCAUUGUUACACCUGCCUAUGCACUGGCUGCUCCUACAAGCUGAGUCAUCGCAACCGGUGGGACUGAGUUACGAAUAAUUUGGGUAACUGAGAGGCCACGGUUUCGCUCAAUGGACCUCACCCUGCCACCCCGUGAACGCACCACCAGCACCAGCAGCCUUAUAGAGGAUGGCACAAAGCGCAGGUCUUCCUCCAGAGCCAUCAAGCGCCCUAAGUUUGAUGAUGAACUGGUUGAGUCAAGUCUUGGAGGUCAAGGCUCCACUCCUCUUAACAAGAUUCGAACACGUAAUCCAUCAAUCUCCACCGCAUCAGAUUGUUCUGUGUCGCUUCCUCCAACACCAUCAGUCACAUCUGAUGUUAGAAAGAGACUGUCAUCAAAGUCUUCUAGUAAGAAGGCAAGAAAGGGUAGAGGAUCACAAUCAAUUGUCACCAAAGACCUUGGUCGGUGGAAACCAACAGAUGAUCUUGGUUUGAUAAUUGGAGUCCAGCAAACAUGUGACUUAGUAACUGUCCACAGAGGUGUAAAGUUCUCCUGCAAGUUCACACUUGGGGAGGUUCAGGAGCGAUGGUAUGCUCUUCUCUAUGAUCCAACAGUGUCAAGAAUUGCUCAGCAAGCCAUGAAAAAUUUACAUCCUGACCAGAUACAAGCAGUCCAAUCCCGAGCUCUCUACAGCAAGGCUGAGGAAGAACUUUUAGGAACAAUCAAAUCCAACUCAAACCCUACACUUCAAACCUUUGAACAGUGUCUGAAGGACAACCCACAUAUACUCUUCCCAGCACGUUCUGCUAAGUCACUUUUUGCACACUGGCAGCUAUUGAAACAGUAUCACCUGCUCCCAGACCAGUCUGUCCCUCCUCUCAACAAGAAUGGGCCUGUCAAGGAUUUUGCUGAAGCUGAGCAACAGAUUCAUGAUUCUGAACUGUAUGAGAGCAGUGAUGACUUGCUGGAACAUGAGCUUGGAGUGGCUGGUCGGGGGAGCAAGCGAGAGAUUCGUCUCUUGGAAGACCAAGUUUCCAAGUGGCAGGUCUUGGUUGACACAGUCACAGGAAUUUCACCUCCAGAAUUUGACAAUCAGACUCUCGCUGUACUCCGAGGUCGACUAGUAAGGUACCUUAUGCGGUCCAGAGAAAUAACUUUAGGGCGUAAGGCAUCGGGUGUUAAUGUGGAUGUGGAUCUUUCCUUGGAGGGGCCUGCUUGGAAGAUAUCUCGCAGACAAGGAAUCAUUAAGUUGCGGAACACAGGGGACUUCCUGGUUGCCAAUGAGGGCAAGAGACCAAUCUAUGUUGAUGGCAAACCUGUGCUGGCUGGGAACAAGACCAAGCUGAACAACAACUCUGUAGUGGAGAUUGCAUCAUUAAGGUUUAUAUUCCUAAUUAAUCUUGACCUCAUUAAUGUCAUUCGUCAAGAAACAGCCAAGCUUAGUGGUCAUUAAUGAUUAGCAAAGGUAUAGCUCUUGAAGUAGAUGUAACUUUCCAACAGAAAUCUCCUGAUGACAAAGGUAGGAUUUGUGACUUGAUACCUGGUUAGUGUAAGUGAAAUUACAAUUUUCUACAAUGAGUAGUAUUUUCUAUUACUUUUUUUAGUGGAUAAAUGUAAGAAAUUAAGUUAUUAAUAAAUUACUCUUCUUAAAACAAUCAUGAUUUACUGAAAUUAUAUAAUACAACAUACCAAUGUACCUGCAUUUUUUUCUAGUGGGCAUUUAUUUCUGUUGCCAAAAUGUAAUUUUUCUUUAAAUAUGCUGUCACAAUGAAAUACAGUUUUUUUUCUGUUA